CUGCCCUACUUUCCCUUCAAAGGCAUUCCACGCUUCUACGAUAUUGGUGGUUUUCUGUACGAGCCCAAAGUCUUUCAAAAGAUUGUAGACGUCUUUGUCGAUCGGUACCGGGAAAUCGGUGUCGACGUCAUUGCGGGUUUGGACGCACGUGGGUUUGUCCUGGGUCCACCAAUUGCCCUGGCUUUGAAUAAACCCUUUAUAAUGAUGCGGAAAAAGGGAAAAAUGCCCAACAGCGUAUCCUCGGACGACUACACGACGGAAUACGGUAACCGACAAGGCUUGACGGUGCAAAAAGACAAGAUUCAAAAGAACCACCGGGUUCUGAUCAUUGACGAUUUGGUAGCCACGGGCGGAACCCUUGGGUCGGCCGUUAGUUUGGUCAAAAUGCUCGGUGGCGUGGUCGUGGAGUGUGCCUGUGUGGUAGAGCUA